AUGGCCUGUGCUGGGGACGAGGGAAAGGAAGGAGAGGAGACGCACCUGGGAGAUGGUUGGAGGUUGAACCAGCAGGGUUUGGAGAUGCCGCACCUGGGAGAUGGUUGGAGGUUGAACCAGCAGGGUUUGGAGAUGCCGUGGCCUCCCGCGACGGGGCCCCUGCCCGCCUGCCAGGCCCUGUACAUCAUGUGGCCCGUGGGCUUCGAGGGCCGUAGCGCCCUUGGAGUGAUGCACCUGCUACUCCUGCUGCUGCCCUGGCAUCCGGCACCCAUAACCUGCACCCAGAGCCCGCUGGGCACCGUCAGCGUCCCGACCACGCCUCUGGGCGCUCCCAGCGCCCCCAGCCUUCGAGAGCGCACAAGGGCCCUGAUGCAGGCUUUCCCACUCGUGGAUGGCCACAAUGACCUACCCUUGAUCCUGAGGCUACUUCACCAGAACAGACUUCAGGAUGUAGACCUGCGCAAUUUCACACGCAGCCAGACCAGUCUGGACAGGCUUAGAGAUGGCCUUGUGGGCGCCCAGUUCUGGUCCGCCUACGUCCCGUGCCAAACCCAAGGACAGGACGCUGUGCGCCUCACCCUUGAGCAGAUUGACCUCAUCCACCGCAUGUGCACCUCCUAUUCUGAGCUGGAGCUUGUGACCUCCGUUAAAGCUCUGAACAACACCCAGAAGUUGGCCUGCCUCAUUGGCGUGGAGGGUGGCCACUCUCUGGACAGUAGCCUCUCCGUCUUGCGUACCUUUUACGUGCUGGGAGUACGCUACCUGACGCUCACCCACACCUGCAACACACCCUGGGCAGAGAGCUCAACUAAGGGCAUCCACCCCUUCUACAACAACGUCAGGGGACUGACCAGCUUUGGUGAGAAGGUAGUGGCAGAAAUGAACCGCCUGGGCAUGAUGGUGGACUUGUCCCAUGUCUCGGACGCUGUGGCACGGCGGGCCCUGGAAGUGUCACAGGCACCUGUGAUCUUCUCCCACUCAGCUGCCCGGGGUGUGUGCGAGAACGCUCGGAACAUUCCUGAUGACAUUCUGCAGCUUUUGAAGAAGAAUGGUGGCAUCGUGAUGGUGUCCUUGUCCAUGGGAGUGCUGCAGUGCAACCUGCUAGCCAACGUGUCCACCGUGGCAGAUCACUUCGACCACAUCAGAACAGUCACUGGAUCCAAGUUCAUUGGGAUUGGCAGCGAUUAUGAUGGGGCUGGCCAAUUCCCUCAGGGACUGGAGGACGUGUCCACAUACCCGGUGCUGAUAGAGGAGUUGCUGAGACGUGGCUGGAGUGAGGAGGAGCUUCAGGGCAUCCUUCGCAAGAACCUGCUGCGAGUCUUCAGACAGGUGGAACAGGUGCGGGAGGAUAAAAAGUGGCAAAGCCCCUUGGAGGAUGAGUUUCCAGACGAGCAGCUGGGCAGCUCUUGCCGCUCUGUCCUUCCACGUCUGCAUCAGAGACAGAAUCUGGUUCCAGACCAGAAACCAACUGUGACGCCAACACUCCAGACUCCCAUCUCGGCAUCCUCCCCCAGCAAGGCCCCAGGCCUCACAGUAUUUGCCACCCUCCCAGUCCUCAUCCUGUGGUCGAAGCUGGGGCAUCGGUGGAGGGAGCCCACCAAGGUAGGCGAGUGGGCGGACGUGGCAGGGGCCAGCCGGGUCCCGCGGGGGCGCCCUCUGCGCUGA